AGCUACGCGCGUUCGUGAGGCGUGGUGGAAGAACGCACCCAUUACAGACGAGCACUGAGUUGGCAGUGACAGCUCACGGGGACGCAUUCUACAUCCCGUUUCUCGUGUUUUUUUGGCCCACCGUUUCUUAAGCUUCUCAGGUAGACCAAAGGCAAGCCGAGCAACAUGAAUCCGUCGUGUAGCAGAUGUAACAAGGUUGUGUACCCUACGGAAAAAGUCAACUGUUUGGACAAGUAUUGGCACAAAGGAUGUUUCAGCUGCGAGGUAUGCAAAAUGACUCUGAAUAUGAAGAACUACAAAGGCUUUGACAAGAAACCCUACUGCAGCCAACACUACCCUAAAACAUCCUUCACCAUUGUGGCUGACACACCAGAAAACCUUCGACUCAAACAGCAGAGCAAGAUGCAGAGUCAAGUGCUGUACAAAGAGGAGUUUGAGAAGAACAAAGGGAAAGGAUUCUGCGUGGUGUCUGACACACCAGAACUGCAGAGGGUCAAGAAAACGCAAGAUCAGAUAAGCAACAUAAAAUAUCAUGAGGAUUAUGAAAAAGGUCGAAUGGGAGGAGAGAGCUCACCCACUGAAGCCUACCCUAAUCAAAGCUAUCAACAGCAGCAACCUCAGACUCCGAGCUACAACUUUGAUCCACCGCCUGCGCGUUCUGCAGCUGCUGCUCCUCCUCUGCCCUCUGGUGGUGGGAAGCGCUAUAGAGCAGUUUACGAUUACGCCGCUGCAGAUGAGGAUGAGGUCUCGUUUGCAGAUGGUGACUUGAUAGUGGACGUGCAGCAGAUUGAUGAAGGGUGGAUGUUUGGUCGUGUGGAGCGCACGGGACAGCAGGGAAUGCUUCCGGCCAAUUACGUUGAAGCAAUCUGAGGCAAAGAAUGGGUGGGGUCCUUGGACAUAGAGAAUGAAAGGUAUAUCGGAGGGGCAGAUAUAUGAAUGAGCACGACAUUUAUAGUUACGUCAUUUUUUUCUUAUUUUCCACCUUGUAUAUGUCAUUUUAAGUUUAUCCUGACCUGAAACAAGACAGAAGAACUAAACCAAACAUCUAGGCUUUAGUUAGACUGACAAGGCUAAUAAGCUUAGGACAAAUCAGCAAGCGUGAUUUUAAUUUUUUUUUUAAUUUGGCUUUUUGUUUUUACUUUUAGCUUUCAUUUUUAAGCUCUCCCUGCAAUGCUGCAUAGUUUUACGUGGUGAAGUCGUGCAUUGCUUUAAUGCCGUAUUAAAAGUCAGCAGUCCGUUCUCUGUCUUUGAUUUUUAAACCGCCAUGAAGUGGGUCAAACUUACCUUGGCCCUAUUUGAAGAUAAAUGAGCGAUGCCAAACAGUAUGUUAGGGUUGUACAAUCUGCUGGGAAAUUUGUAACAUUACAUGAAAAUAUUAUAAAAUAGCCAUAUGAAUGGACAACCUUCAUCAUGUUAUGUCUUAAACAGUAUAAAGUCUUAAACGGUGAUCUUUUUACCGCAAACAACUCCCUCUGCCUUUAUUAUGCACUUGGAGGGAAUUACCAAAAAAAAUUGCAUUUAUAUGAAAAUAUUGUUGUUUUCUCGGUACAGUAAAACACUGAAAGAGAUGAACCACAGAAUAAUGAGGUUUUAAAAAAAGAGUUAUAAAAAACUGUAUAGUACAAUCAACAUUUUUUUAUCAUUCCAUUGUUAUUUUGUAACAAAUCAUUCCAACCCAUUAUAUUGAAUAAUAAAGUGAUGAUUAAAUCAAUGAAAGGGGAAGUGUAUUAUUUUAUUACAUAAAAUUGAGUAUGAAUUGUAUUUUACCUCAAAUAAACAAGUUUAUUUCAUUGUGACAAUUGCUUUUGUAAUACAUGCAAAUAAUAAAAUGAUUAUCAAACA